AAUUUGUGACAAUAAUUCUGAACAGUUAGUGCGCACGCUCAGCAGCGACAACAUCAAGCAUAAUAAUUGUAAAUAUUUCAAUAUCGUCGCGUCUUGUAUUUGUGAUAAGCAACAGACAAUAUUAUUAACAACAAAUUGUGCAAGAAAAACAAAUUAAUUCAAGAAAUCAAACAAAAAAUAUCAGAACGUGUGUGUGCAAUUCAAUUGAGCACUCAAGACCCAAUCGAAUCUUGUUCCAAGGAUAUACACUAAAUAAAGCAAUAAAAAAUAAACAAACAAACAAAUAUAACAUGUACCAAUUAACGAAACAAUUUUACACCCUGGUUGUGGCCCUGGGCAUCGUUGGCUUGGUGACAGCGUUGCCACAAGUUCAGCAGGAGGGACCACACACACUGCUCGACAUCGAGACACCCAAUCAGUUCAGCUAUAACUCGCCGCUGGCACAGCCGGACAGUCUACGCUCCAAGCCCUACUUUGAUUUCCUGAGCACCCUGUAUGCCCACGAUUCGGCCAAAACGGACUUGUUUCGCCAGCGACCACGCCGUGAUCUGCAGACGGAGUCGGAACUAAAGACUCAGCUGGUAUCGGCCGAUCAGCCGAAGAGUCGUCGUCGUGAUCGUCGUCGUCGUGCCAUCGUCUUCCGUCCCCUGUUCGUCUAUAAGCAGCAGGAGAUCAGAAAGCAGGAAAUCGCAGCCAGAAGACGCAGUGAUCAGGUUAAUCGUCCUGGCGCCAACUACAAUCAAAUCUACAAUCGCCUGUAGUAUUGCCAAUCGAUAUAUCUAUAUCUAAAUAUAACCAAUGGCAAUGGCUGUUACUGGUCUUCUACAGGGUCCUCUCUAGCACUUAGCUAUUUUUAUUACAAAUAUUGUGUUUUAGCCUUAAGUAAUCCAGCACAACGCACACUGCACAAACAACAACAAAAACAACAACAAACAAUCGACAAUCUAUCUAUAUAUCUAUUAUUAUAAUCACUUACUUAUACAUGCAUGUAUACACACGCCCAAAAACACCCACACAUAAUCACAUCCUCCCCAAAACCUAUGUUAAGUAUCCCUAAAUUAAAAUAUACAUAUAUAACAUACUUGUUAACUGAUUAUUAAACAAAACUUGUUACUAUAAUGUUUAUUAAA